AUGGGAACACCCGAUGUUCGAGUAGACACUCGUCUAAACAAAUACCUCUGGUCAAAAGGAGUCAGGAAUGUCCCCUUCCGUGUCCGUGUUAGGCUGUCACGAAGACGUAAUGAUGAUGAGGACUCUGCCCACAAACUGUUCACUUUGGUGACCUAUGUACCAGUAGCCUCCAUCAAGGGCUUGCAGACAGAGAAUGUUGAUGCUAGCCAAGAAUAA